UGGCUUGAUGGGACAUGCCGGGAAACAAGCACCGCACGAGGCGGAGAAGGCGGCGAAAGCCUCCAGUCAGGUCUCCUCGACAACAGGAAAGCUUUGCGCCACGCCCGAGCUCGUCCACAGCCACCGCGACUACGCGUACUCCGACGGCCAGCGAGAAGAAACUCUAGUAGCUAUGAGAACUAUGAUGGUCAAGGGGCGAGAAUAUUAGAAGUUGAAGGGCUGAAGGCGGUGCUAGACAAAUCUGUAUGUUGCAGAAAGUGUGGUACUGGGUCAGUAAUGUUCAAGGACAACUUUAGCCGACAACAAGGCACCAACAAUGCCUCUUUCUUUGAGUGCAACACCUGUUCUGCUGUAACUCCUGUCCCUUUUUCUACUGUUGGUUCUUCUAAGGUGUUUUCACUCAAUCAAAAGAUGGCUUUAGCUAGCAAAAUGGCUGGGGAAAAUCUUUCAACUUUGAAAACUCUGAUGGUGCAUCAUCGCUUUGGAGAAUCACAGAACGCCUUGAUCUGAGUGUCAGUGGUCUGUUGUACCUACUUUCUAAACAGUAAAGAUAUCAAAAAAGCAAAUCCAAGGAAAGUGCCAGGGCAAAAUAUCUACGCAGACUGGCACGGAAAGAUUUGACGACAGAAACAGACAGGCCAAGGGUGUGUACGCCUCGGGUGCUUUCAGUGACGACGCUCCAGGGCCUAGCAAACGUCAAAAAAAGUGACAUACCUUCUCUUUUGUAAUCUAAGUGUGUUUUGUUAUGGUAUUACACUUGUUGUGUAUGUUGUGUCACUGAUUUUUCUCACUUUCCUUUCCGAUAAAGUUUGCGGCAACUUCGCACAGCGUUUGCCGAAAUCAUGAUUUUCCGGUCUACGACAAUUCUAAAAAACUAAACUUUGACAUAAUCAUGACAAACUAUAUAUAUUUAGAAUCCUCUCAACGAGAUCUGUGUAAUGACAUUG